CCCAUAGACAUAAAUGUAUAUAUGUCUAUGGGCGUGCCAGUGUUGAAGUUCAGGGUACAAACUCCUGCAGGAGCAGCAGAGCAACACAUUGAUUCCUGUUGGAGAUCAGAGGACCAGAACUCCUCCACCUCCUCCACCUCCGACUCCGAGAUGUCUGAGAAUAAAGCGGUGCUGUUCAACUUGUGGGGAGUCGCUGCCUCCUCCACACCUCAUGCAGUUUUACACAAACUGGAGGAGUUACACAACCUUCCGGGUGGUUUUCUGGCCACCGUGGCGUUCCAGAAGGACGGCGCCUUGAGCCGGGCGGAGAGAGGUGAGACGACGCUUUCUCAGAUGAUCCCAGCCUUUGAGGCGGAGUGUGUGAAGGCAGCCCAGGUUCAGGGUGUGACUCUGCCGCCUGAUUGGUCAGUCCGAAGCGUGCUGGAGGAGCUCGGGAAGGUAGACGUCCAACCAGCCGUUCUAAAGACCGCCGCCAGCCUGCGCCACAGUGGGUUACUGACAGCGGUGCUGGCCAAUCACUGGGUGGAUGACGUAGAGGGAGACACAUCAGCCCGCCUCCUUGCUCUGCUGGGCGGCCAUUUUGACCUGGUCCUCCAGUCCUGCCGCUCAGGUCACAGGGUCCCCGAGCCCGCCAUGUUCAGCUCUGCUCUUCAGCACCUGGGAGUGACAUCACAACAGGCCGUGUGGCUGGAUGCAGAUGAAGAAGGUGUGAAGGCAGCGGAGCAAGCGGGAAUGAAGGCCAUCUUAGUGGAAGAUCUAGACGACGCUUUGAACAAACUGGCUGACUUUACUGGAGUUCAGGCUGCAGGAGCAGAGAGUCCUCCACCGUCCUGCUGCCCUGAUGAAGUGUCUCAUGGCUAUGUCACCAUCAGGCCCGGUGUGAGGACUCAUUAUGUGGAGAUGGGUUCAGGUCCUCCAGUCCUGCUGUGUCAUGGCUUCCCUGAGAGCUGGUUCUCUUGGAGGUAUCAGAUCCCGGCUCUGGCAUCCGCAGGGUUCAGGGUGUUGGCUCUGGACAUGAAGGGGUACGGAGAGUCGACUGCGCCACCAGACAUCAAGGAAUAUUCUCAGCAGCAGCUCUGCGAGGAUUUAAUCGCAUUUUUGGACAAAAUGUCGAUCCCUCAGGUCACUCUGGUGGGUCACGACUGGGGCGGUGCUCUGGUCUGGGCUAUGGCUCAGUUUUACCCCGAGAGAGUCCGGGCUGUAGCGUCUCUGAACACUCCUCUGUUUAGAAACGAUCCGUCUGUGAGUCCUGCAAUGAAAGUCAAAGCUCUCCCGAUAUUUGACUACCAGAUCUACUUCCAGAAACCUGGCGUGGCGGAGGCCGAGCUGGAGAAAGACUUGGAGAGAACGUUUAAGAUUUUCUUUCGCAGCAGCUCUGAAUGGGGGGACAAGUUUACAGUCAGCACUGAAGGAGUUUGUGCACGAGGUGGUCUGUUUGUGGGUCUGCCAGAGCAGAUUCCCCCCAGCUCCAUGCUGACGGAGGCUGAGCUGCAGUACUACGUCAGCCAGUACAGAGAGCGAGGCUUCAGGAACCCGUUGAACUGGUAUCGCAACAUGGAGGUAAACUGGAAGUGGAUGAGUUCUCGUCCCUCUCAAAAGGUGCUGGUCCCUGCUCUGAUGGUGACGGCUGGUAAAGACCCAGUCCUGCUGCCGGCCCUCUCCAAAGGGAUGGAGGACCUUAUCCCGAAGCUGAGCAGAGGACACAUUGAGGACUGCGGUCACUGGAUUCAGAUGGAGUGCCCGGCGGAGACAAACAGGCUCCUGAGAUCAUGGCUGAAAGACACUGAAGCCAACUCAGGCCUGAACAUGGCGCCAUCAGCCCAUCUCAUUCUUCCAGAGAUUCUACCAGACUAACUGAAUUUUGCCUCGGGGAUUAACAAAGUAAUUUUGAUUUCAUUGAUUUUUUUUAGAUUUUUUUGGACUGCAGCUGCAAAAAUCAGUCCAUUCAUCAACAUAAACAUGACAAACAUAAACAUAAUCAACAUAAAAAUAUUCAACUAUCUUCAUAAGGGAUCACUUUAAUCAUUUAAGUGUCUUUUCAUUUAAAAAUGGCAGAAAAAGUGGAGAUUUCCUGUUUUUCUCUGUUUCAUGUGAGA